UUUCAUUGAAUGUAAAUAUUGUGACAUUUGUUGUGACAAAAACACUAUUCAUUCAUACAAUCACUUCAUUUGAUCCCAAGAUAUGGCACAACAGAUGAAACGCUUUAAGAUACCACUCAAGAGGAAAGAUGCCGGCAAUGAAGACAACAAACAACAGACACAAAUCAAUGCCAAAGAGUCUUUGGAUCGAUUCGGUGAUGAUUUAUGCGAACUCCUAUUGUCUUAUCUCUCACUCGAGGAUCGAUUUCGAUUGGAAUGUGUGUCUAAACAGUUCCGGAGGACAAUCUUCGUGAGUGUUGUGGACAUCACUCUUAGCGAUGAAUUAAUACAGAGAUUACUGUAUGAGAAGGCAAUUGACGUCGAGUUUACGAUUUACACACAAAUUGUGGACACAAUUGACACCAAAAUGUUGACCACAAUAACCAGAAAGUGUCCAAACAUUCAGACCAUUGACUGUCGAGGAAUAACCAGGGAUUAUAAACAACACAUUCCCGAUGUGUUGAACACAUUUCGAGGCAAAUGUCUUAAUUUACGGCACAUUUACUGCAAUACGUGUAAAAACAGUGAUCAAUGGAUCCGUUCAUUUGGACCACUGGUCACCCGAAUCGAUCAUCUUUUCGACAGACGAGCGCUCACUCAUUGCCACCGGUUAUCACAAUUAAAAGCCGAUUAUUUGGAUCAAGUUUUUGACUACACUUCUGGAGCACUACUGGCAAAGAAUUUGCAUAAACUAGAGUUGAAACUAGAGUUCAAAUACUUUUCAGACUAUAAUAACCACCGAUGGUCUGAAUUUGUGGACCACAAUCAGUGCCUAAGAAGUGUUGUCUUUGAGAAUAACAUACGAGACGUCAAACACGAGAGUCUGACCGAAAUGUGCGGACAAUUGUCACGAUUAACACAAUUACAGGAAUUGAGUCUCGGCUUUAAGAUAAUGGAUUCGCAGCACUCAUUCAACGACUAUUUGCGUACAUUUGGCGUGAAUUGCAAACAAUUGAAACGAUUGUCGUUUACUUUAUACUCAAAGAAGAGUGAAUACACUCUCAAGACAUUGGAUUCGUUGGCAUAUUUCCGGCGAUUAAAGCGAUUACAUCUAACACUCGAUGUGACCGUCGAUGAGAUAUCGUUGGAUGCGUUGAGACNUUUAUACUCAAAGAAGAGUGAAUACACUCUCAAGACAUUGGAUUCGUUGGCAUAUUUCCGGCGAUUAAAGCGAUUACAUCUAACACUCGAUGUGACCGUCGAUGAGAUAUCGUUGGAUGCGUUGAGACACUGCCGACGGUUAACACAUUUAGACAUCUAUUUGAUUAAAAUGAACGCAAAUCAUUAUAGACACCGAGUGUUUGUCACACCUCUCAAGACUACCGGCGCUGCAAACGCUUGUCCUUCACUGCAAGAGAAGCGGAGGUCUGAAAGAUAA